CGAUCCUAUUGCCUUAAAAUUUCAAAUCAAAAUAAGUAUUAAUUGAUCACUAGGCGUACAUGACUCAGAAGCUUUUAUCGACUAAAGAUAUUUUCGAAUUUUCAGCAAGUGUCCCAAUUGACUCGUCUCCUCAGCCACAACCACCACCAUAUUCCGGCACUCGAGAUGGCGCACCAGUGGAGCAACAACCGGUGGCUGCUAUGGCAUAUGUCGCUCCCGCUAAUGCAAUCAUGGUCCAAGCGAUACCAUUAUUAGGUAGUAAGCCAACGUCAACAGUCUGCAGAAGCUGCAACAAACAGAUUGUAACUAGAACGGAAAGAAGGACCACAACUAAAACGCACUUGAUUGCGCUUGCAAUGUGUGCGGUUGGUUUGUGGUGUUGCUGCUGUCUUCCAUACUAUAUGGAUUCCUGUCAAAGCAUGGAUCACUAUUGCCCAAGCUGCCACGCUUAUCUUGGCACCAAUCGUAAUUAGAUGAAUGUCUGAAAAGCUACACAUAUCUAUAUGGUCUCAUAUAUGCUACGGUUAAUAUGAAAUGAAAAUGAAAACAUGCAAAUGACAUCAGAUUGCAUUCUUCAAAACAAAAAAAAAAAAUUAUAAUUUUAAUAUGAAGAUUCAAAUUAAAUUGCUGGUGCACUAUGUAUAAACAGUAUAUUUGUAUAAUAUUUUUAGCCUUUCAAUUCUACCAUAUAUCUAAAAAAGCAAAAAAAAAAAAAUUGACGAAUAAAUAUUUUUAAAUUAACUCGGACACUCGGAAUAUUUAUACAAAUCAUCUAAUUCUACAUAGGUUUGUUUGAAUUUGUAUAGGAUUCCGUUUAUUAUCUUACCAUUUGCACCACAGAUAUAUUUUUUUUAUAUAUGGGCUGCACCCACCACAAGGCGUUAUAGAUGCAAAGAAUGCAGUUGUCAAAUAGAACGUUGUCGUCGUGAACUUAAUGGAUGUACGAUAUCUGCAAGUACCUACAGUCCCAUGCAUCAGUUACGUCCUUGCGUAUUCGAU